AUCCAUCCAUCCAUCCAUCCAUCCAUCCAUCCAUCCAUCCAUCCAUCCCAUCCAUCUAUCCAUUCAUCCAUCUAUCUAUCCAUCCAACCAUCCCUCCAUCCAAACUGUCAGCCGAACCUAGCUGUCAGUGAGCGCGCCACCGAGCCGCUGCACGGAUACUCGCACACCGGGGCUCAGCGAGUGUGA